GCCUGGAGGAGCGUACAGUGUCGCAGAACAGCAUGGUGGCUGGUGGGGAGUUUACCUUGAAGCGGUUAAUGUUUUAUGGCCAGUUAUUUAAUCCGCCACGGCAAACACGAAUGGGAAUUAGACUUCCGGAGCGCGGCGUGCCAGCCCCUGUGAGCUGAGCGGCAGCUGGGAGCGCUGCUCGUCACUCUCCCCGAGCUGCUCCUGCUGGAAACACCGACACAGCCGGCCAACAUGUUCUGCAGACGGGCAUGGCAGAGACUGGGGCCCCUGGCACGGAAUGCCGUCAAGCAAGCACCCACUAAUGUGGCUCCAGCGCGCCCCAUGUCCUUUGGGAUCCCUGGUGGCUCCUCCAACAUGACAUACAUUCUUCUGUGUGGAGGAGGCAUGACCGCCGCAGUGGUCUAUGCCUACAAGACAGUCAAUGGUGACAGUGAGAGGUAUGAAGACAGACUCGCCAGCAUGACCUCCAACACAAAGGCUCCUGCAGCCGAGGCAGCCCCAGAGGUAGCUGUUGAAGCUGAAGCUGCCCCCGAGGAGGAGACGGCAGCGGCCACCGAGGUCACCGCUCAGUCCGACGCCACAGCAGAACCUGUGGCAGAGACCGCCGCUGAACCCGUUGUUGAAUCUGUUUCCGAGGAAGCGGCUGCCCCUGCUGCUGAGGUCGUUGCUGAGGCUGCAGCUGAGCCGACGGCUGCAGAGGAGGCCGUCGCCGUUACUGAAACAGCUCCCGAAGCGGCUCCUGUCGUCGUGGAAGCGGUUGCCACGGAGGAGGCGCCGGCAGAAGCCCCUGCAGCUGAGAGUGAUGGUACGGCAGCAGUAGAGGAAGUCCCUCCCUCUCCACUUGCUGAGGCAGAGACUGGCGCUGCAGCUGCUGAGGCUGAGGCUGCCCCUGCUGCAGAGGCAGUGGCCGCUUAAGGCUUUGAUGGUUUGAGGUUCACCCAGUGGGGAGGGCUAGGGAUUAGCUGUGUUGUGUGUGUGUGUGAGUGUGUGUCCCACUUCUCUGGGCCAUGGAAAAAUGGACUCAUGAACCCCUAUUUAAGGAUGCAUAAACACCAAAAGACAUUUGGAUUUCACUUCCAGUUGGUUUAUUGCAUAGCAGCUAGGGGUCCAUCGGUCCAGUUUUUCAUUGCCCUUGCCCUUACCUCAUCCCAUCCUGCACAGACCUAAUCAAUAACAGUUGGCAUUAAGCUGCCAGGUUAGAUUAUUUUAAUAAGGAUUCUUAAACUCCUUUCAGAAAAUUCUUUCUUUAGGAAUUCUUAUCGCCAGUGCAAAUCCAGUUUGUGGGUUUUGCUGCUAUCUACAUAGUUGUAUGGAGGAGUGUUGAAAGAGGUUGAAAUGGGUGGUGAAAGGGAUAGAAAUGCAAGUUGAUGAAUGUAAAUGUUGUACUGAGUCCUGACUAUCUGUAAAAAGAUAAUUCCAAGUGCUCUUUAAAACGGGACAUAAGCGUGCAUCUUGUUCCUUGAUUUGUCUGGAAUUUCAAAACGGAGACAAUAACUUCUCCCCUUUUUUCUAGAAAACUGUUCUUUCUUUGCUUUCGACACAAUUUUUACUCAUCCAGCUUAGCAUCUCACCAAAUUCAGAUAAAAGUAAGAGUGUAAUAUAUACAUUUAUCCUAUUAAUCUUAAAUGCCUCAGGCAGGUUAUGGCCAGAUGUGCUGGAUAGAAGGGUAAGCAGGCAGCGAGCUUCAUCCUGAAUCUUCUGUACCUUACUGUGAGAUGUAAACCAAAAACCUGCUUGCUGCUUUUCCUCCAUCUCUUCUCUACUUUUCUUCCAAAAUGAUGUCCAAUCUGUCCUCAAGGUGAGAUGUGACUUGUAACCCCCCACAUCACACCAGUUUGUCUACAGCCCGUUUAUGCCAGUCUGCAUCUACUUCAUCCAUCUGAGCAUUUGGCUUGCCUUAUCACUGUGGAAUUAUCCAAGCCCGAACCCAGAUUUGAUAUGCAACUCCCAGUUUAUCACCCACGUACAAGCCCGACCAUAACAUUUUGGCUUUUCACACAACGGACCAUACAAUACACACAUGAUGAUCCUGUAUGACUAUCCUUUGCCAGUUCAAGAGUUUCAAAGCCAUUUCUUUCCUUUUAUAUGUUCAGACACUGUAGUGCUGUCAUCUCUUAACUGUGAAAUUUAAAUCUUCUAAGGGAUCACCCCAGAAACCACUUUCAUUCACCUCUAUCUCUCGGCAUUGGAUGUUUCGUAUUUUCAUCAAAGUUGUCAUCAUGACUAAUGCAGUUUAGUGUUUUUCUCCAAGAAUGAAACAUUAUUGAAUAAUAAGGGAAGUUGAAACUAUUCAAUAAAGACUUUGUCAUUA